GGCAGCAUUACUACUUUACUAGCCUACAAAACACUUCUCCCUUUCAAGUCUCAACAACACUUCUCCCUCCCAACGGCUUUGGUAUUCGCAAAUGGAGAAUACCCAAUGGGACCUGUGGGUGGAGGCGGCACUUUCGAGGCUCCAAUCUCUCAAACUCCUCCGAUCUCUUAGACCCAUUUGCCUCUCCUCUAAGCUUCGACGAGAAAAACCAACUGCCACUGUUAGUGGAAAGCAAAACGCUUCAAUCUCCAUUGAAGACUACCAGGUGUUCGACAAUAUUCGUAAAUGGGAUCGCUCAUCUGUGGAGGUUUAUAUGUCAGAGACCACGUUUCAGAAAUGGCUCCACGACGUUCCCAGUUCCGGAGAUGACACUGUAGGUAGAGAUGGAGUAGAAGAUGAUACUGUUGCGGGACAGCUGGAGCAGUCCAAGAAGCUUCUCCUAUUCUCUGGGAAUGAUUAUUUGGGCUUGAGUUCGCAUCCCACUAUUGGAAGGGCUGCCGCAAAGGCUGCCCAAGAAUAUGGAAUGGGUCCAAGGGGUUCUGCUUUAAUUUGUGGAUACACUAAUUACCAUGGCUUACUAGAGUCAAGCUUGGCGGACUUAAAGAAGAAGGAGGAUUGUCUUCUGUGUCCUACAGGGUUUGCUGCCAAUAUGGCCGUGAUGGUAGCAAUUGGAAAUGUUGCCUCGCUCAUGGCUGUAGUUGGAAAACCCUCAAAGAAUGAAAAGAUUGCCAUAUUUUCUGAUGCUCUGAAUCAUGCUUCAAUAAUUGAUGGCAUUCGUCUGGCCGAACGGCAGCAAACCGUAGUGACAUAUGUGUAUAGACAUUGUGACAUGUCUCACCUAAAUUUGUUGUUAUCAAGCUGCACACUGAAGAAGAAAGUUGUUGUGACUGAUAGUCUUUUUAGUAUGGAUGGGGACUUUGCGCCAAUGGGUGAGCUUGUGAAGCUCAGGCAGAGGCACGGCUUUUUGUUAGUCAUUGAUGAUGCUCAUGGGACAUUUGUGUGUGGAGAAAAUGGAGGUGGAGUGGCUGAAGAGUUCAACUGCGAAAAAGAUGUUGAUAUAUGCGUUGGCACUCUGAGCAAGGCUGCAGGCUGCCAUGGUGGAUUUAUAGCUUGCAGCAAAAGGUGGAAACAAUUCAUACAAUCAAGGGGUCGCUCCUUUAUAUUUUCAACUUCUGCACCAGUCCCCAUCGCUGCUGCUGCCCAUGCUGCCGUUACUGUGGCGAGAAAGGAGGCAUGGCGUAGAAGAGCAAUUUGGAACAGAGUUCAAGAAUUCCGUACUCUCACUGGAAUCUCUGUGACAAGUCAUGUAAUUUCCCUUAUUAUAGGAAAUGAAGAGAAAGCGCUGGAAGCCAGCAGGCAUCUGUUAAUAUCCGGUUUUCAUGUGACUGCAAUUAGGCCGCCAACAGUGCCUCCCAACUCGUGCAGGUUACGGGUGACACUAAGCGCAGCACAUACUGCAGAGGAUGUGAGGAAACUGACCACUGCACUCUCCCAUUGCAUCAAGUUUCAGGAUAUCAGCAUCCGCAAUUCAAAGGGGCAUGCUAAACUGUAGGUGAUAAUUCACUUUAGCAGCAUUCAUUAUUUUUUAUUACAGUAAUAAGGAGCUCUGUGGCACUGUAAUUGGGAAUACGAAGAGGAAUGACGAGCCUUUACCCAUGUGAACCAUGGAUAUUUGGAUCGUCCAACUUUCCCAAGUACCUGAAUAGUUCUACUACUGGGGAUUAGUAUUUUUGUUUCAUUGAUGGUUUUAAUGGUUUUACUACUUUGUAAGCCAUACAAAAAAAGAAAAGCACUAUUUCUACUUUAAUUUUCACAAGGAAUU